AAAAGUAUUUCAACUUAAAUCCAAGACCCAAUGCUUAGAUCACGUUCCGACCAUGGAAACCAAAUCCAAAUUCCUCCCAAAGCAUCUUUUUAGUUUGAGACCCACUUUUGGUAAUUUACGCACGUGCUACUUCAUCAAUCAUCCCCAUUCAUCACUCAUCCAACAUGUCUAUCUAUAAAUAGACGGAGAUAUUUCGUAGAACUCAAAUCACUCACCACAUAAAGUAAAAGUCUCAUCUCUUCAUAAAAUAGCUUUAAACCAAUCAAGUAGAGUUUCUUCUCAAGUCUUUUUAUUUUAUUUUUAUCAAUGGCUUCUUCAGCAGUGUCUCUCCAAUCCAUCUCUAUGACAACUCUCAACAAUCUUUCAUGUAAUCAACAAUUUCAUCGAAGCUCUCUUCUUGGUUCCUCUAAAUCCUUCCAAAAUCUUGGUAUCUCAUCUAACGGUUCAGAUUUCUCCUAUCCAUCAAGUUUCACUGCCAAGAAGAACCUCACUGCUUCUCGAGCUCUCUCCCAAAACGGGAAUAUCGAAAACCCUAGACCAAGCAAAGUUCAAGAACUGAGUGUGUACGAAAUCAACGAAUUAGAUCGACACAGCCCCAAGAUUCUUAAAAACGCAUUCAGCUUAAUGUUCGGUCUCGGAGAUCUCGUACCAUUCACAAACAAACUCUACACAGGCGAUCUCAAGAAACGCGUGGGCAUCACGGCAGGUCUCUGCGUCGUCAUCGAACACGUCCCAGAGAAGAAAGGUGAAAGAUUCGAAGCUACUUAUAGCUUCUACUUCGGAGACUAUGGCCACUUGUCCGUUCAAGGACCAUACUUGACUUACGAGGAUUCGUUCCUCGCCAUCACUGGUGGUGCUGGAAUCUUUGAAGGUGCCUACGGACAGGUCAAGCUUCAACAGCUUGUGUAUCCGACAAAACUGUUCUACACUUUUUACCUUAAAGGGUUGGCUAAUGAUUUGCCGUUGGAGCUCACCGGAACACCGGUACCGCCGUCUAAGGACAUAGAGCCGGCGCCGGAAGCUAAGGCACUGGAGCCUAGCGGAGUUAUAAGUAACUAUACCAACUAAUUCAUGAAAUUAAAAUGUUUCUCGUAUCGCUGUGUAAUGAUAUAAAGAUUUGUAGUUUUGUGCUCUUAUCUGUAAUAAAAUCAUUGAGGAAUAAUAUCUCGAGUAUGUUUUAAGUCGUUUGGACGUUGGUACACGAAUAUAUGAAAAGUCUUUGUAAUCUUUUGGUCACUCUCAAUGAUUUUGAAUUAAAAAUAGUUUUAGUUAUAGAAAUGAUUUUAUGUAUUGCACAAGA